UUUUCUUUUGGCGAAAAAACAAAAAAGUAGAAUGUCGAUCUGUGAAGCGGAACAAGGCAGAAAGAGAAGGAGGAACAACUUUGGAAUGGCGACACCGUUGGUCGGCGGCGGCGAAGAAGAAGCAACAACCGACCAAUUUUCGAAACUGCCGGAUGAGUUAGCGGUGGGGAUCCUUUCGCGGUCGGCGACCACAAUGAACGAAGCGGCAAGAUACAGCAUCCUACUGGGGAAACGGUGGAGGAACAUGUGGCAGUUGAUCGACAGCGCGGUUCUGGAUUUCAAAAAGUCCGACGACGACAGGAGAUCCGAGUCGCAGCGGCGGGGGUUCGUGGACCGGGUCGACCAAGCCAUCGGUUUGAUCCGACAGUCCAAAACCAGACUGGACGAGUUGAAGAUUGUGUUCAAGUUUACCGAGAUGGAAGAGGCUGGGUGGAGGUGGAUCCAAUUCGGUAUGGGCGAGGGAGUCAAACGACUUACCCUACUGUCUCUGUUGCGCCCCGGUUGGGAGGCUCGCGACGCGAUCCCUGUCCCCCUCUUCACCCCUGAAUUCGUCGCCAAGCAAGACCUCAGCCGCCUCGAGGUUUUGGAGUUUCAGGACGUGUCCAAGAUUCCUGGAGGAACUCUGGAUCAUGUCUUGUCACGCUGCCACUCACUGCAGCACCUGGCUCUCAACAAUUGCUCCUUCCACGACGAGGAUACAGUGAUCAGAAUUUGUCGUCCCAACAACGACAACCUGCAGAGGCUGACAUUUUGGUGUCCAAAAGAAGAGUUCCACAAUGUCACUAGGAUUGAAAUCUUUUCUGCCCCUGGUUUUCGUAGUUUGAAGGUGGGUGGAGGACCAGUCGUCCCAAGGGUCGAAUUCGGGGACAUCCAGUUUGCGGCGGAUGGUGAUGAACACUGCUACUUCCCGUGGUCUCGGUCUGAAUCCAACAAGUUUGCGCCUCGAUUGCAGUUUCUCAAGUACGACCUCACCACUGACAACUUUAAACCUCUAUCUGUUCGGGCUCCUGAAUGGUUGCGGUUUGAGAAGCUCACGGUGUUGGAUUUAUCCAUAUAUAUAGACAUUGCUGGUACAAGUAUGUUGGAGUGCACGGCCCUGCUGAGGGCAGCUCCAAUGUUGCGCCAACUGUUCAUAUCGUUCAUACAUUUGUACUACUACAAUAAGUGGGAGGAUCCUGAGCAGGAGUUGCCAACUUGGAAGCAUCACUCUCUGCAGGUGCUUCAGCUGCACGGGGUACAUCCUAGCGACUGGCAGGUUGUUGAUUGUCGCAAACCUCAGAUGGAGCUCGCUGCCUACAUCAUUAUGGCCUCGCCUUCACUGAAGCAGGUCCUUAUUGAUACCAAAAAUUUAAGAUCCACUGCCCCCAGGGAACCACUUCAGGUUGAUGCUCAUAUCUCUGAAGCUAAGAUGGAAUUGGAAGCUCGACUCAGCUCUCACACCACCACCUCCCAAAUUCACUUCACGUAUCUAUAAGUACUUGUUGCUCUAUCAAGAGGAA